AGAGAAAUGUUCUUUUUUGGCAUGGAUUCAAUCUUUGAUCCUUUGAGUAGCUCCUCGAGGCCGUAACCGGUUCGGUUUGCUUAAACCGGGUUUCUUCUAAUCCGAAGCAUUUAAGUUUCAGAAGCGGAACAGAGAGAUGGUCGGACGGAGCAGAAGAGACAUGGCGGUCGAUGUCACCAUCUUCGAAAAGAUCUCUCCUUCUCGCUUCCUCUCCUUCACCAUCCCCAAUCCCACUUUCCCUCCCCCUCUCCGCCUCCUCCGAGUCGCCAUCCUCGACUCGCCCCUUCACCCCCCCGAGUCACCGCCCCGAGUCGCCGCCAUGCUCGUCCCCAAGCACCGAGAGACGGACUGGAUCUUCUCCACCGAAUCUGGUCAUCUCCAGCUCCUUCUCAACCUCCCCGACAUCUCGCGGCUCAUACUGAUCGGCGACGAUCCCAUCGACGGCUCCGCUUCCGUCGCCGGAGGGGAAGACCGAGAUCGGGAGAGACUCGAGCAUAGUCUGAGACUGCUUGUGAUGGCUCUAUCUCCCAAAACCCAUCUUGAAAACGGAAUCUCCGACGUACCCUUUUUGAGUUACGACGAUAAUCUGGUCCGCAGCGUGGAGAUCGAGAAAUCCGUCGGAGAAUACGUAGGCGAGAUGCUUGUAGAGGACGUAGAGUUAGAGGUCGAUGGUGUCAGAGAGCUGAGGAGGAGAUUGAGGUUCAAGAGAAUGCCGAAUUUGGUCCAAACCGACAUCAGAAUCGUCCCAAGAACGCCGAAUCCUGGUUCCAAUUCUAUGCCAUUACAGGGCACAGAGUUCAGAACUGAUCUCACAGUUCUGGUGCAUCCAUACUUGGCACCAAUGGUGGCAAGUCUCUCUCUGAUCGGUUCCACCAUCGAUGAACUCUCUUCUAGGCCUAAGGCUUUGUGCAUUGGCGUUGGUGGCGGCGCUCUGCUUAGCUUCUUAAAUCUUCGACUAGGGUUUGAGGUUACGGGCGUGGAGAUAGACCCCGAGGUUUUGAGGGUCGCUAGGAAAUACUUCGGAUUAGAGGAAGACAUUGCAAGUGUUCAUGUUGAAGACGGGAUCGAGUUCUUGAGGAGAGUAUCCAUUGAUGAAGCUCUCAAAGAUGUUAAAUUUGAUGCUGUGAUGGUUGAUUUGGAUUCGUCUGAUCCAAUUCACGGCGUCACAGCUCCUCCGGUGGAUUUUGUGAGUGAAGAUGUUCUUUUGGCUGCAAGAUCUGUUCUCCAUCGAUCUGGGAUUCUGGUAAUCAAUGUCAUUCCUCAGAAUCGGACAUUCUACGAUGAACUGAAAGACAAGUUCCGACGAGUUUUCGCCGAGUUGUAUGAGAUCGAAGUGGGGAAUGAGGAGAAUUAUGUCCUCAUCGCCACCGUCGUUCCUCUCUCUUACUCUGUUACAGAUUCCAAGGAUGAAUUUUCUCGGAAAAGACUGACACCGGCUGUACCCAGAAAGUAUGUUGACACUAUAGAGAGAAUCUGAGAUCCAUUCAAGUAGAAUUUCAUAGCAAAAGCUAAGAAAUGUAGUGUUUGUUUUUUUU